GAUGGAGUUCUCCGCUCGCUCCGCGGUGUCUUGCCGUAAACUGGAAGCAAUCGUCUGAACUCCAUUUUUUCGUCUGCACAUCUGCAGCCAGCCAGCAGCGGCAGCAGCAGGCGUCAUGUGUGCUCGUGUGAGCUCCGGAGGUUGCGAGGACCGAAACGCCGCGGACAUGUAACGCUGGACGGAUAAGCUGGUCUAAAAACAUCGAGCCGACAUGUGCUGCUGAUUCGAGGGGGCCGACUGGUAAGAGGUGCCCCUCCCGUCACGGUGCUCCCCAGCCGGUGUCCCUGCUGCCAUGGAGGUGGGCAGCCUCCCCGUGGAGCUGUGGAGGGUUAUCUUGGCCUACCUCCCUCUGCCCGACCUGGGCCGCUGCUGCCGGGUGUGCCGCGCUUGGCGGGAGCUCAUCCUGUCCCUGGACAACACCCGCUGGAGGCAGCUCUGCCUCGGCUGCCCCGAGUGCCGGCAUCCCAACUGGCCCAGUCAACCCCAUCUGGAGCCACCAUCCUGGAGGGAGGCCCUGAAGCAGCAUGCCCUAGCCACCCGCACCUGGACUCAAAACGGGCCCGAGCUCCAGUCCUCUGCCUGCCUGCUCUUUUUCCGCCGACGAAAGGACCGCAGGGUUUGGCACGUGGGGCCCGGGUGCGAGUUUGAGACCUUGCGCGGGGCCCUGGCGGUGGCGGGGCCGUAUGACCGCGUGGUCCUCCAUCCGGGGGUGUACGAGGAGCAGGCGGAGGUGUCGCUGAAGGUGCCCGUGGAGCUGGUUGGGCUGGGCCGACUGGGCGAGGUGGCCCUCCUGGUGUGCAUGGAGCAGCAGUGUCCCACUGCCAGGCUGUGCAACCUGGUUUUCAUGCCACCCUGGUUCUCCACGGUUGUAUACAAGACAUCAUGGGGUCACGUCCAGCUGGACAACUGCAACUUCGAAGGAGCCCAGCUGCAAGUCCGCGGCCCGGGAACCUGCCAGGCUCGGUUUUGCUCCUUCUCACAGGGCAGCUCUGCCCACUUGCUAGGCGUCGUCCUCAGUUUAUUGGACAGCUGCGACUUCUCAGGAAGCGAAACGGCCUCGGUGACUGUGGAAGGUCCCCCGGUGUCGGACAGGAACUGGGCCUGUAAACAUUUGGCCGCCCUGGCCAGGACGUUCCCGCCAUGCGGCGUGUUGGAGUGCGACGGUGUCCCCAACGGCCCUCGGGACGACUCCAUUGGUGGGACCCAACCUCCGGGCGCUCGUGUUAAAAAGGAGCACGUGAGCAUGGAGGACUGGAAGAGAAGGACCGGGGUGGACGCGGUCUGUCAGGGCACAGUGAUCGAAGAUGGCUGGAGUGAUUGCGAGCGCAGCGAGGGGGAGGAGGAGAACCGAGACGGAGGGGGAGCCUACGACACCAAAAAAACUUUUACACUGGAUUACAGAGUCCCGUAUGACCAUCACGGCCUGUCCCAUUUACUCAAGCCCCGGCCAGACGGCUCCCUGCCGCUUGCCUCGUCCCCUGACCCCCCCUCCGUGACCCCCGAGCUCCUCAGCCUUCACCAGGAAUUAGACAGGGACCCAGAGGCUCGUAUGUUGGCGGCCUCCACCCUCGGCUGCCUCAUCAGACGCUGCCUCUUUAGGGACGGGAAGGGUGGCGUGCAUUUGUCUAAUUAUGGUCAGGCUCGACUGGAGGAAAAUGUUUUCCGUGGGCUGAACUACGCCGUCCGCUGCAUCCAGAACUCCACAAUAGUGAUGCUGAGAAACGAGGUCUGCGAGUGCCGUGCGUCCGGCGUUUUUCUGCGCCUCUCAGCUCAGGGCCUCAUCGCAGAAAACAACAUCCACUCGAACGGGGAGGCCGGGCUGGACAUCCGGAAAGGGGCCAACCCCACCAUCUUGUGCAACAAAAUACAUAGCGGUUUGCGCUCUGGAGUUGUUGUUCUUGGAAACGGAAAAGGUUCAAUUCGGAGCAACCAGAUCUAUAACAAUAAGGAAGCGGGCGUGUAUAUUCUCUUCAGUGGAAAUCCUGUGGUGAGUGGAAAUCACAUCUUCCAAGGGCAGGCGGCGGGGAUCGCCAUCAACGAGAACGGCAGAGGGAUGAUAACAGAGAAUGUGAUCAGAGAGAACCAGUGGGGUGGCGUGGACAUCCGCAGAGGAGGCGACCCCAUUUUGAGAAACAACUACAUCUGUUACGGCUACUCGGACGGCGUGGUGGUCGGAGAGAGGGGACGCGGGCUUAUUGAGGGAAACCACGUGUACUGUAACAAAGGCUGCGGCGUGUGGGUCAUGUCAUCCAGCCUGCCGCAGCUCCUAGGCAACUACAUCGUCCACAACUGUAUGUACGGGCUGGCGGUGUUCUGCAGGAAGGACCCGGAGAACAUAGAGGCCAGGGAGGGGAACUGGCCCGGGCAGGAGGGGAUUGGCGGAGAAGGAGGAAGUGGCGAAGGAGAAGGAAGAGACGGGCAGGAGAACUUCAACGAAGAGGGCGAGCUGUUCGCUUGGGACAGCGAUCUGGACAGCGAGGACGAACGCCACUCUGCACGUCGCUCCAUCAGCGUGGCCCUGGUGGAGAGCAACUGCAUGAGCUACAACGGAGCGGUCGGCCUGUACGUGAAGAGCAGCGAGGCCCUGAACGUGUUCGCCAACCUCGUCAACAGCAACCGCGGCCCCGGCGUUGCCGUUCUCCAGAGCAGCCAGAUGACCCGACUCGUCACCAACUGCAUCCUCGAAAACGGUCGAGGCGGCGUCAUGGUGGAGAAGGACUGCAGAGUGGAGCUCCGCGGCAAUGGCAUCUAUGAAAACAGCGGCCACGGAGUCAGCUUUAAUGGCAACGGGCAGAUCACGGAGAAUGACGUGGUCGGAAACCGGGGGUAUGGAAUCCAGGUCUCUGGAAGUGCCGAUAUCAAGGUGGUGCGUAACCGCGUCCAGCCAGCGCAGGGCUGUGGAAUCGCUGUGCUGGGGCCGGUGAAAGGCGCCGUCCACGACAAUGUCUUGUUCCAGGGCCACCCUGGAAACAAAAAAACCCUUCUACAUAUGGAUCCCGGCAAUGAGAGCUGUGUGUUGCGCAACAACAGUAUUGUAAAGCAUAAUAACAGCCGUACAUCUUCUCCACAGUGGGUUUUGGAAAACCCUCCCCCCCGCCCACUGGCCAGCCCCCCCGGCGGACUCUCCUCCUCCCAGUAUCCGUCCCGACUUGGAAUUUCCAUGACCACCAGGAUCAGCGCAACUGUUGAGAGCGGGUGCCACAGCGGCAGCAUGUUCUGCACCAUCCUGUGAACGCCGGCGAGCACUUGCACACCGACAGGACCGGCGCGCUGGCCCCCGCACGCCUCCGAAAUCAUGUCGGCCGGGGUGCGGCUUGCCCUCCGUCAAAGGAGUAGGAGGCCACACCUGAGACACUAAAGGGCCCGUCCACUCUCCCGGUACAUCUGUGCGUCACAGCAUUUUCCUAAUCUAAAAACAAGGCUUUUGUAAUUUUACGAUUAAAAACGCUUUUUGCACUUCACACUGUCGUCAGCCUGCAUCCCACACGAAAGCUUUACCGUCGUCACUUUCCCCGUUUACCGUAGACACCGUUGGCUACGUUCGUUUGCUUCUGGGACUCUCUGGUUAGGAAGCGCACACUUAUUAAUCCUAGCAGGAGUCAAAGACUUCAGAGACGCCAGCUUCACCCAUAGGACAAAGUAAAGCUGUGCCUUGUAUGACUUUUUAAAAAUCAAUCAAUGAUUGUAGCUAGGGAAGGAAUGUUUAUAGUGUGAGGUGUAUAUGCAAAAAGAAAAAAAACAAAACAAAGCCAAAAUGAAGCUACUGCCUCUUGCACAGAGAUGUUGCCCGGUGAGUCUGUAACAACACGUCCUCCAUGUUUUUAUUUUGUUAGUGUGAUGCUCUUCGGUUUUCUUUGACAUUCCAGACACUCUCGGCGCGCUGCACACACUCACAGACUCACUCGGUAACAGCCGGUCAGAGAAAGGAAAAGGAUGUUCAGCGUGCAAUAUGUGAUGUCUACAAAUGUGCCUAUACGUCUUUACUGUCUAAGAUAGAUGUUCUCUCAUUGAGAAUUUGUUUACAUGUAGUCGGCUUAUUUUUUUGUAUCAUGGACUGCAAAGCAUCAAGUGACAAUAUCAUGCACAACUCAAAGUUCACCACUUUGUCUACAAAACACAUCAAUAAACAGCUCUUGUUCGUGGCA